UCCCAGGACCUAUCGUUACGGUUAUGUCAAGGAUUUUGAAACCUUUGGUCACACCUAUACACCUUUUUAUACAAAUUUGGGUGGUUAUCUCUUUGGCCUGUUGUGUGGUGAGAUUUAUCAGAAACACCUGUGCAAAGAAGAGAAACGACAAAAAUUACAAGAAAUAUUUCAAUAUCUGUGGAUAUUGGUGCCGCUGGCAGCAUGCCUAAUCAAUUACAUGGCUUCAAUAUUGAUAUUCCACGAGCCUUCGUUGUGGACAGCCUUGUACACAUACCGAUUUUGAAUAUGGCAUGUAAUGGGAAAUCCCUAGUCAGUGAAUUCUGUCGCUUGCCAAUAUUCCGAGUUUUUGCCCGUCUCUCUCCACAAAUUUAUUUGUGGCAUUGUUUGAUACUGCAGGCAACAUCUGCCUAUCAUCGUCAACCUCAUUACAUGAACUUAAUGUAUUAUAAUUGCCAAACCAUCAUCACAACGGUACUCUCAACGGGAGUGGCAUUUUUCGGUUAUUUACUGUUGGAAAUUCCAUUUGCCCAAGCUUUUGAGGCGCUUAUGAUGCUUGAAAAAUCGAGUGAUAAAGCUUAACAUAAAAUGGAGACCAAAAUCCUGUAGAUUACCAUUAGUAUUUUAGUUUUAA